GAGUGCAUGGGAUAGUUCAGGUUUUUAUCGUUUGGUAACAUGUCUGGGCGCGGAAAAGGUGGAAAGGGUUUGGGAAAAGGGGGUGCUAAGCGCCACCGUAAAGUCUUGCGAGAUAACAUCCAAGGCAUUACUAAGCCCGCUAUCCGCCGUUUGGCUCGUCGUGGCGGAGUAAAGCGUAUUUCUGGUUUGAUCUACGAAGAGACUCGCGGGGUACUGAAGGUGUUUCUUGAAAACGUAAUCCGCGAUGCCGUGACUUACACCGAGCACGCCAAGAGGAAGACGGUGACUGCCAUGGAUGUGGUGUAUGCCUUGAAACGCCAAGGCCGUACCCUGUACGGGUUUGGUGGUUAAAUGCCCCGAAUUUCUCAAAAAGUAAAUCAAAAGGCCCUUUUAAGGGCCACCCACUUCCUCAGUAG